ACAACCAUGUUGAACAAAAUCCUCCUCGCUACAGCUGCCCUUCAGGCCCAUGUCUUGGCCCAAAGCUGCCCCUCCCUCACAGCGCAGUACCCAGCUCCGUCCGUAGCAAGCGACUAUGAGGCCAGGCUCGUAGCACAGAACUUGGACAAGCCGCGAGGUCUCAUCUUCGAUAACAACAAUAACCUGCUGGUUGUGGAGAGGGAGGUUGGCGUCACUGCGUUCAAAGUCGAGGGUGCUGGGUCAUGCGUAACAUUGAAGGAUAAGAAGACUGUUGUUAGCGAUGGCACUCUCAACCACGGCAUCGAGCUCUCCGAGGACGGCAAAACGCUCUACGCUUCUAGCCGCGAAUCCGUCCUCAAGUACAAUUACGACUCGACCAAACUGUCUGUAUCCGACAACGGCCAAGUCAUCGUGAAAGGCAUGACGACAGACGGCCAAGUCACUCGCACUCUCUUAUUGUCUCGCAAGUCAAAGAAUACGCUUCUCGUUUCCCGCGGGAGUGACGAGAAUAUUGAUCUCAGCACUGUCGACGUGAACAGCGGACAGUCCCAAAUUCGCAUCUUCGACCCCUCAAAGAACGAUAUCUCCUACACUACCGGUACCACACUAGGCUGGGGUCUCCGCAAUGCCGUCGGCCUAGCUGAGAACCCCACGGACGGCGGUAUAUGGAGCGCAGAGAACAAUGCAGACAACAUCGAGCGCGACGGUUUCUCCAUCCACGAGAAUAACCCCGCCGAAGAGCUGAACUACCACGGCAAGCUUGAGGAUGCAAAGAACUCCCUCCUAGAUGCAAACUACGGAUACCCCCUCUGUUACGGUGCAUGGAACAUUUCUGAGAUCUCAUCAGCGGGCCAACUUCAAAUCGGCGACCAGUUCGCCAUUGCAGAGGAGAAUGCUACGCGACAGGAUGCAUUUUGUAACGACGCGAGGCAAAAGCCUAGACUGGUCUUUCAACCGCACACUUCGCCGAUUGAUAUAAAGUUCGACACGAAGGGCGAGAACCUCUACGUCAGCCUGAGAGGAAGCUGGAACCGCAACGACCCCGUCGGCUACUCUGUAUCAGUAAUUUCCUUCAGCGCGAACGGCGAGCCCACGAAGCCAUCGUCCAGCACCACGGCCCUAACACCCAUCUUCUCCAACAGCAACACGACCGCGUGUCCGGGCAACUGCUUUCGACCCGCAGGAUUGGCGUGGGACCGUAAUGGUAGGUUGUAUGUGUCGAGCGAUGCGACGGGAGAGAUUUACGUUAUUACAAAGUCUGGUGGCGAUGCGCUGGAUGCGACGAGGCCGAAGGCUAGUGCUGCGUCGAAGAGUCCAGUUUCCGGUGUGGUGGGUGUAGUGGUUGCGGCUUUGGCGAUGGCGUUUGCGUACUUGUUGUGA